AUGUCUGGUGAAGAAGUAUUUGCCCUAAACAGUGCCGGGAACGGCCGAAUGUCUCGUUUUCAUGCUUCUGUUGAUCCUUUGUCAAUACGUCGCCAUUACUUAAAGGAAGGAAACAACGUAGAAAACGCAGAAAUUCCUCCUGGAAGGUUACGUCCCACGUCGGAAAAACUGUCGGAUUUACAGUUCGAUUUUAGUAACACACUGGGAAAAUUGAGAGAAGAACUGGCAAAGAAAAGAAAGGAAGAGGAAACUAUGGUGAAAAAUAUUGCUGAAGUGCUUCAGAAGGCAGCUAUUAAUUCAGGUGGGACAGACAUCAUUCGUUCGUUCAAUUUAGCAGUCACUCGUUUGAAUAAUCAGAUGACUCUGGUGGAAUCAGAUGCGAAGCAACUUGCAAACAAUCUCAAGAUAAUUUCUGGUUUGGCCGACAGCAUAUCUGGAAAGGUAUCUACGCUUGAUGUUGCUAAAGGUCGUGUUGUUGAAUGUUUGCAACGAGUAAGUGAUUUGAUGGACCUUCGGACUUGUGCUGAAGGAGUUAAGACAGCUAUGGAACAGGAAGAUUAUGAAGCUGCCGCGCAACAUAUUCAUAAGUUUCUUACCCUUGACAGCGCUGUUUUUCAAAUGGGCGAUCAAGUUGAUGCUAAAGACGCCGGACAGUCGAUGAAAUAUAGUUACGAAGUGCUUAGAGAAGCGACUGCACAGUUGAAGGCCAUUAUUGAAGCCAAAUUUGAUGAGGCAGUUCAAAGCGAUGACGUCGCUUCAUUACAAAGGUUCUUCAAGCUAUUUCCUCUUAUCAAUGAACAUUCGGGUGGCAUUAAUCGCUUUGGGCAUUACCUCUGUGAGAAAACUCGUGCAUUUGCAGAAGAUAAUUACAAGAUAAUGAUGGCUGGAGGUACAGAUGAUAAGAGAGUAAACGUCUUAUAUGCAGAUUCACUGACACUGCUGUUUGAAGGUAUUGCUCGCGAAAUCCAAGUUCAUGAGCCGCUUAUUGAUUCUUUUUAUGGUCCAGAUAAAAUGCUAUCGUUAAUAGAAUUGUUACAGGUUGAAUGUGAUAAGGAAUCUGAACGCAUAAUUGCUGCUUUCAUCAAAAAUCGUCAGUAUGAGAGUAAAGCGAAGCUGGUUGAAAAAUUUUUGAGAAAUCCAGAUAAAUAUACGUCCUUAGAAAAAAUGGAUGCUCUUGAAUUAGAUGUCGUUCUUUCGGAGGUUACUUUAAUGCACAUGCGUGCAAAACUCUAUUGGCGCUAUUUAAAGAGGCGUCUUGAUGCGGCAGAUGCGAAGAUGAAUGAGCAGAAGAAGGAGGCAGAAAAUGAAGACAUUCCUGAAAAUGAAAAGGAGGAGUUUGAAGAAAAGAAGGCCAGAGAGAAAGAAAUUCGCGAUAGGAAGUUGGAUAACUUACUAAAUAGAUCGCUGUUAGGGACGAGGAUGCAGGAACUACUGGGACGCUAUAUUCUGAUGGAGCAGUAUUAUAUGAAAGAGUCUGUUUCAAAGGCUAUGAUAAUGGAACAGAAAGAUCCUGAUUCUUUGACCAGUUCAAUGUUAGAUGACGUUUUUUUCAUCGUGCGAAAGUGCAUACGACGGUCGAUUUCCUCUUCGUCUGUUGACUGUGUUUGUGCAAUGAUCAAUAACGGUGCUACGGCGUUAGAAGUGGAUUUCUACAAAUUUAUUUAUUCUGGAAUCAAGGCUGGUUACCCUAGUGUAGGGUGGACAGCAGAAGCCUAUCAGACUGCUCAGACUGCAUAUAAUGUUAUCCAACAUGGUAAAACUGUGGCUGAUGCCGGUCCGGAAAAGCAGAAAGAGGUGUUCCUUACUUCUCUGAACAAUGUCAGAUUUUCUGUCGACUGUGUCAGGACCUUAAAAAAGGGACUUUCUGAGGAUUUUUUAAAGCAUCUUAGCCAGGUAAGUGACCUAGAGAAGGGCAAGUUAGAAAGUGCUAUGGGUCAGUUUGAUGAUCUCUGCCGUAAAUUUGAUGGUGGUGCUAAUGGAGGUGUGGAGAAACUAUGUACAGCAGCUUUUCGGCCGAAGCUUAAAUCUGAGUCGGACUUAUACCUCGACGUUAACCAUACUUUGUCAGAAGCUGAGUUUGCUGAAUUUGAAGCUGUAGAACCUUUUAUUGAUGGUUUUAUUGCUGUUUUGGACCGAUUAUUGGCUUCCUUUGAACCUUUACUGGUGCCGGCUAAUUAUCAGGCUUUGUUGGCAGUUAUUUGUGCAGAAGUAAUGCGCCAAAUGGAACGUGUGAUAUUCAAAUGCAGCUUUAAUAGGCUGGGGGCUCUACAGUUAGACAGAGAAUUUCGUGCAUUAACUUCCUAUUUAACAAAUAUUUCAGGGUGGUCAGUAAGAGAAAAGUUCUCGCGUUUUUCACAGAUUGUAUCAUUGAUAAAUGUGGAUACGGUUACCGAGGCCAUGGAGUUCUAUCAGCAACUGCAGCAUCAUAAUCGUUUAAUCACUGGUGAGGAAGCAAGGAAAACGUUGCGGCUCAGAAAUGAUUUGCCUUCGGAACAAAUCAACAAUUCUAGUUUCUGA